AGUUGCAGGCGUGGUUUACACUGUUUUCUUCCGGGACCCCACUGUCAGCAAAUAAUGGCUUCUCUUGACAGGGUAAAGGUGUUAGUUUUAGGAGAUUCCGGGGUGGGCAAGUCUUCCUUGGUCCAUCUGUUAUGUCAGAAUCAGGUGUUAGGAAAUCCGUCAUGGACUGUUGGUUGCUCUGUGGAUGUACGGGUCCAGGACUAUAAAGAGGGUACCCCGGAGGAGAAAACCUACUACAUUGAACUCUGGGAUGUCGGAGGGUCUAUUGGCAGUGCCAGCAGUAUCAAAAGCACCAGAGCCGUCUUCUACAAUUCAGUCAAUGGAAUUAUGUUGGUACAUGAUUUAACAAAUAAGAAAUCCUCUCAGAAUCUCUACCGCUGGUCACUAGAAGCUUUAAACAAGGAUUCGUCGCCAACAGGAGUUAUUGUCUCAAAUGGGGACUAUGAUAGAGAGCAGUUUGCUGAGAACCCAGUGCCUUUGCUGCUGAUUGGCACCAAGUUUGACCAGAUCCCAGAGAAUAAACGCAAUGAAGUUCUCACUCGGACGGCCUUCCUGUCUGAAGACUUCAAUGCAGAGGAGAUCAAUCUCGACUGCACCAACCCAAGAUACCUUGCUGCAGGCACAUCAAACGCAGUGAAGCUUAGCAGGUUCUUCGACAAGGUAAUAGAGAAGAGAUAUUUCACAAGAGAUCCAAGUCAGAUGCCGGGUUUCACAGACAGAAAACGGUUCAACUUCAAAAGUUUGCACUAUGACUGAAAAGCCAUGAACGCAACAGCAGUGGUCUGUGGUUUGGCUGAAAGACCUUUUGAGCUUUUACACCGCAAGGCCAAUCCCUGUCCUACAUUAUGUACCCCCCACCCGCCUAUUGUUUUUUGCUAUCAUCUGCUCUGUGAAAAGACUUACAUUUCUGCUGCAAAAAUAACAAAAUAAUAGAAUAAUUCAUAGAAUAAAAAAGCUAAAUAUUCAGUUUAGCACAUUUCAGAAAUGAAGACACAUGCAAGUAGAUUUCAAAGGACAUAGGCACAUCCUAUAAAUGUACAGUGAGAUUUUUAAUUCCAUUUACUUUUUUUGUUGUAUUUAAUUUCACAUGCAAAACAUUACAUGUACCAGCUUGUUGUAUUUUUUGUUUUCAAAACUAAGCCCACUAAUUCUCCAAAUGUUUGCUGUUAUUUAAUUAGCAAAUGAAGAACAAACAACAUUAUUGGCCUCUAAACAGGGGUUCUUGCAACGUUCCCCAAUCAUUUCAUCAUUUUCUUAAUCCAGGGGAGAAAGAAAUCGACUUUAGUGAAGACAUGGGGAUACUCUGGAUUAUUACAAUCACAAAGAUAGGUAAAAGCUGUUAAACCCUGUGGCUUGCUGUUGCAGAUAAGUGGUCCACCGGAAUCACCCUAAGAAAAAGGCAGCAGAAAGAGUUGAUUUGAGCAGUUUGCUAAAAAGAAAAUCAAUUACACUUGUUUUUGAAUAAUAAAAGAAAUCAGUUUUCAG